CUUAAGUUACUAGCUUGAUCCAUCAUGGGGGACAUGGAGGAAGGUGCAAAUGUUCAACGACCACCACUGUUGUGUGGACCAAAUUACAAUUUUUGGAAGGGGCGCAUGAGUGCUUUCUUAAAGUCCCAAGGUGGGAGAGUUUGGAGAAGCAUAGAAACUGGAUGGACAGAACCCACAGAGACCAACACAGAAGGAGAGAAGGUGGCAAAAUCCUUUGAGAAAUACUCAAAGGAAGAAGCAACACUGGCUGAAUGCAAUGAUAAGGCACUAAAUGCACUAUUUGGGGCAGUUGAUAGCUCACAGUAUAGACUCAUUUCGAAUUGCACUGAAGCAAAGAAGGCCUGGGAGAUCCUCGAAACCACUCACGAAGGAGAUGAACGAGUAAAAACUGCUAAACUACAGAUUCUUAUGACCAAAUAUGAGAAUUUGCGUAUGGAUGAUAAAGAAAAAAUAGCAGAAUUUCAUGGGAGAGUAAGAGAACUAGCAAAUGAGGCUGAAAAUCUGAAAAGGCCUUUCACAGAAGAUAGUCUAGUGUUGAAGGUACUGAGAGCCUUACCCGAGAGCUAUGCAAUGGAUGCCAAAGCUAUUCGCCAAGCACAUGACAUAAAGAACAUGACACUUGAUCAGCUAAUGGAAUGUGCAAAUAAUCUCAAAAAGAAACGGCAAGCUUUUGUGUCAACAUGGAGCGAUGAAGAAGAUGACUCUGAAGAAGUCCGAGGGAACAGCAACUGUGCAUUCACUACUCAAACACAUAAUGAAGAUCCAGACAGUCUCACUAACCGACUUGUGGUGCUGCAGGAAGAGUUGGAUAGCCUUCGUAAAAAGCUUGAUGAAACCAUGCAGCAACUAGAACAGGUUGAAGGUGAAAAGGCAAAUCUAAACUAUGAACUCACUCAACUUAAAAGCUAUCAAAAGUGGAUGAAGAGUACAUGUGCAGAACAGAUUGAAGACCUCGUAGACAAGUCAAGGUUCUAUGGAGACAAACUGGCAUUGGUCAUACUCUACCAGAGAGCAGCAAAACACCCCUUGAUUUGUUUGUAACAAGAUCAAAGAUUGCUGCUGAAGAACUGAAAGAAUACAACAGAGACAAGAAGGAAGCAGUCCAACCUACUCACAUUCAUAUAAGAAAACGCUCUCCCUCUAACUAUUACUGGAAUCAUAUUUGUUUCUACUGCAGGAAAAAAGGACACAUCAAAAGACAGUGCCACCAACUGAAGUACAGAAGAAGGAAGAAGGGUACGACAAAAGGUCUCACUAGAACUGUAAUGAAGAUGAUACCAAAAC